GUGUGGAGGUGUGGAGGGGAGGAGACCUCAGAGAGUUAGAGCAAGAGAUUGCAGCAGAAAAAAUAAGUCAUUAGAAAGAGAGACAGGAGAAGAGAAACAAGAAAAAGAGGGAGUCGCUUUCGGAAUAUUUUUUGGCCAUCAUCAUCUCCUGGACUUUCACUCUACAGAAUUCUGCAUUGCCUAGAUCAUGUUGCAGAUGGACAAAUAGCACCUGCUUGGCUUUCCGUGUAGUAUUUGUUUGACCAGUUGGAGUGUUUUCAUCCUAAUCGCCCCAGAUAGAGGAUGGGAGCUUUUCACAUCUGUCUUGCUUUCUUCUUUCUUGCCUCCACGGCUGUGCAUGCCCAGUUUUGGGGAUGGCUCUGGACAUACCCAAAAACCACCACCGUUCCUCCUACCCUUACCUCUCCAACCGUCACCUCCCAGGAACCUUCCACCUCCCAGGGGACGCCGUCAGGGUGGUGGAUGAAACAAGAGGACAAAGUGACAGAGAACGAUGUGGACGGCUCUCGGCACUCGGGGGAGUUAGUGUCCUACGGCGUUCUGAAAACUUUUACAUCAUCUCCUGGGGGGAGCUCAGGUGAAAGCACCAAAGGCAAGAAUAAACCACUGAAACAAUGGAAUAGGGAGAAAAGUUCGGGAAGUCAUCUGAACCUGAUGGAAUUGAUCGGGUUCCCUCUCCCACCCUCCGUCUUCUUCACGCCGGGCUUUGAGGGGUUCCCAGCCUACAGCUUUGGAAGCGAAGCCAACGUCGGCCGACUCGCGUCAACCUUUGUGCCGGGGCCUUUCUACAGGGACUUCGCCAUUAUUGUCACGGUGCGUCCAGCCAACCAGACAGGAGGCGUCCUUUUCGCCAUCACAGAUGCCAAUCAGAAGGUUGUGGAGCUGGGUUUGGCCCUCAGUAGAGUUCAUGGAGGCGUCCAGACCAUCUUACUGUACUACACUGACAAAGAGCAGGCAUCCCACAGCCACAAAGCUGCUGCUUUCACUGUCCCAGACAUGACUGACCAGUGGACACGGUUCACGGUGGUGGUGGAGCAAAAUGAGGUGCGUCUUUACAUGGAUUGUGGUGAGGCUGAGAGGGUGACGUUCCAUCGCAGGCCAGAAAAACUCACCUUUUCCCACAACUCUGGCAUAUUUGUUGCCAAUGCCGGAAGCACCGGGCUCGAUAAGUUUGAGGGGUCGAUUCAGCAGCUGGUCAUAAAGGAUGAUCCUAGAGCAGCUGAGGAGCAGUGUGAAGAGGACGAUCCUUAUGCCUCAGGAUACGCAAGUGGAGAUGAUCCUCUGGAUGACAGAGAGACAGAGGAAGACUUCAGGAAAAGGGAAGAUGGAGCAAAACAGCCGGGGGAGCACAGCUACCCAGUUAUAGCCCCGCCCACUGUACUACCAGAUGUGGAGCUUGAUGAGUACUCUGGUUCCAUGACUCCUACUGUAGCCAAUAAGGAUCUGCUGAUAACAGAGUCUCAACCAACCGAAGAGGCAGGAGAGCGGCCUGGACACGUUGACAUCAGGCCUGGUUUGAAAGGGGAACGGGGUGACCGUGGACCACCUGGGCCUCCCGGUCCUCCAGGACCUCACUACGUACACAAAAAGGAGCGUGGAACACCUGGAACACCUGGACCACAAGGACCACCGGGAACUCCUGGAACCCCUGGAACACCAGGGAUAGAUGGACAGAAGGGAAGCAAAGGUGAUAAAGGUGAACUGGGUCAAAAAGGACAACGGGGAUUUCCAGGGUUGAGGGGAGAAGCUGGAGCUAAAGGGGAAAAGGGAGACUCGGGAGUUGGUUUGCCAGGACCCCCUGGUCUUCCAGGACCCCCAGGACCUCCCAGAUCCCGCAGUGUACCAUAUGGACCAGAUGCCAUUGGUUCUGGCUUUGAGGAUCUGGACACUGACACUGUUUUCAUCAGGGGUCCACCAGGUCCUCCGGGGCCUCCAGGGCCUCCUGGGACUCCUGCACCCCAGUUGUCUUCAGAACUGACCCCUGGCUUUACGGGACCCACUGGUGCACCUGGCAGUGAUGGACUUCAAGGCAAACAGGGAAUACCAAUAUUUGAGGAUGAGUUGAGUGGUUCUGGGACUCUCGGUUCAGGUUUGAGCCCAGAGUUGGCGUCAGUUCUCAGUCCAAAACUUGGUCCUGGUUCCACUUCUGAUUUUAGUUUUGCCUCUGGAGUUGCUUCGGGUUCUGGGCUUGAGUCUGCCUGGGGUUCAGGCGAGGGUCCUGCAGGGACAAACGGCUCUCCAGGUCCACCCGGAGCUGCUGGAGAGAAGGGUGACCAAGGGCUGCCCGGACCACCUGGACCAAAGGGUGAUGUCGGAGAGGUGGGCUUUCCAGGGUCUCCCGGACCCCAGGGGCCGGUUGGUCGACCAGGAAAGAGAGGCCCGGCAGGUCCACCUGGACUCCCCGGCCCACCCGGCCCUCCAGGAACCAAAGUCUUUGGAGAGGAUAUUGAAGGGUCGGGAAAGACUGACUUGUUAAUGGGGACAGGAGUCAGAGGACCGCAGGGGCCCCCUGGCAUUCCAGGACCAGCUGGACCACCGGGUGAGCGUGGAGCCGCUGGCGCUCCUGGCCGUUCUGUCAAGGGUGAACCAGGAGAACCAGGACCAGAGGGUCUGCAGGGCCUUGCGGGACUACCAGGCGCUAGAGGGUCCAAAGGAGAGAAAGGCAGCCCAGGACCCAAGGGCGAUCCAGGUGCUGAUGGACUCAGUAUAGCAGGCCCGCCUGGUCCUCCUGGACCUCCUGGACCUGCUGUAAAUCUACAGGAUCUGAUCAUGAACGCUACCGACGGGAUCCUAAACUUCACCCAGAUCAGAGGACCCCCGGGGCCCCUGGGUCCUGAAGGUUUGCCCGGCAAAGCUGGAUUUCCAGGGCCUAGAGGACCAAAAGGAGACAGCGGCCCCCAAGGUAUUCAGGGAGCUGCAGGAACGAAGGGAGAAAAGGGCGAACCUGGGGUGACAAUUGCUGCUGAUGGAUCCAUUUUGUCUGCUCCAAGGGGCCCUCAGGGGCCAAAGGGCCCAAAGGGCGACCGUGGUUUCCCCGGACCUGCUGGGUUUAUGGGACCGAUGGGACAUCCUGGUCAAAAAGGAGAAUAUGGUUUCCCUGGACGCCCAGGUCGACCUGGGAUGGCAGGGAGGAAAGGUGACCGCGGAGAUUCUGUCGGCCUGCCGGGGCCUCCAGGUCCUCCGGGUCCUCCUGGUCCUCCUGGAACAAUCCUCGGACUCAAUGGAACAGUGUUCCCGGUGCGCCCCAGACCGCACUGCAAACUGGGACGAGAGUCGGUAACAAAGAGAGACUCGGGAGGACUGAAAGGCGACAAAGGAGAGGAAGGGAUGCCUGGUGAGCCGGGAACACCCGCCCCGGCAUUACCUGAUGGAAUAGUGGGAGCGAAAGGUGAUCUGGGACCCAAAGGUGAGAAGGGAGAAAAGGGCGACUCAGGCCUGCCUGGUCCUCCAGGACUUCCAGGAAAAUCUGGACUUGUGGGUCCAAAGGGGGAGUCCAUUGUAGGUCCCCAAGGUCCAGCAGGUUCUCCUGGUCAACCCGGACCCCCUGGGCUUGGACGACCUGGCCCCCGAGGCCCGCCUGGCCCUGCAGGGCCCCCAGGACCAGCACCUCCCCACGGAUCUGACGUCAGUAUCGCGGGUCCUCCUGGUCCUCCCGGUCCGCCAGGAACUCCAGGUUAUGCUAACCCGGUGAUGACCUUCAAGACGGUCAACGCUCUCACGAGAGAGACGCAGCGAGCUGCCGAGGGAACGCUGGCGUACGUGUCUCAGAGGGGAGGAGAGCUCUACGUCAGAGCGCGCAACGGGUGGCGCAAAAUCCCGCUCGGAGACCUGAUCCAUGGAGGGGCUUCUUCUACGUCGGAGGCGUCUCAGGCUCUGAGCAGGGCGGGGGAGUGGAGCAAGCCGCAAAGGGCUCACAGCCAAGAACUGCAGGACGGCGGCAGCGAAUAUCAACCCAGCUACAAUAUCUUGCCACAGACCAUUGAGUCCGUACCUGGACUCCACUUAGUGGCCCUGAACUCCCCGCUCAGAGGGGACAUGCGUGGCAUCCGCGGAGCAGACUUCCAGUGCUACCAGCAGGCGCGCUCCAUGGGGCUCACCUCCACCUACAGGGCCUUCCUGUCCUCACACCUCCAGGACCUGGCGACCAUUGUGAGGAAGGCUGACCGCAACAACCUGCCAGUGGUUAAUCUGAGGGGGGAAGUAUUGUUCGCUAACUGGGCCUCCAUCUUCUCUGGGAAUGCGGGCGUGUUUAACCCGUCCACACCCAUCUAUUCUUUCGAUGGACGCAACAUCUUGACGGAAUCAGCGUGGCCGGAGAAGCUGGUGUGGCACGGCUCCAGCACGGUGGGCAUCCGCCUGACCAGCAACUACUGCGAGGCGUGGCGGACGGGCGACAUGGCGGUGACGGGCCAGGCUGCGCUGCUGCAGACGGGACGGCUCCUGGGCCAGCACGCGCGCUCCUGCUCCAACAGCUACGUAGUGCUGUGCAUAGAGAACACUUACGUGGGCGACGCGCAUCAAAGGAGAACCUGAAGCGACACGCACACGUUAACGCACAUGCAGGCAUGUUGAAAGCGGGAAAUAUGAUUUAGGCACAUGAAACACACGUAGACACGCACCUUUAUAUGUCUGUGUGCGUGUUUAGGUCCCGCCUGAAAGGCAGAGCGAGGCGGCAGCUCCCCCGUGUCUAGAUGUCAGUUAUUUAGUCUCUAACAGAGUAAAAUGUCAACAAAAAGAAGAAGAAAAAAAAAAGAACAGUAGCAGUGUUUGAGAGCUGCUCGUUUCACUCCAUUUCUGGUGCUUUGUUUUAUUGCUCUACAGGCAGACAUAUUAGUAGUAGAAAAACAUUUCUGUGAAAUAAACCCCCCAAAUCACUGCUCUAAUCUUCUAGGUAAAGUCUUUUUUUUUGUUUGUUUCUAAAUGAAUGGGAAGAUUGUCACUUGAAGAGACAGGUCUGACGCCUAAUUAAAAACAGGCGGCUCAUUUAAGUCAAUUCAGUUUACUGCAGUCGUGCCACCACAGGUAAACUAUAGAUGUUUAAAAUGCCUUCAAUGUAGUCCUCUUUUUCUGAAGUUGCAUAAUUUCACACAGAGACAAAAAAAAAAAUCUGAACUUCAAAUUCAGACUUUGAUUUGAGCAACUUUAUAAAAUCAUCAGUGCUUUAUUGGCACCCUUUACAAUUCCUGUAAAAUAGUUGUAACUAUCUUUUUUUUUUUUUUUUUACCUUCUCAAGUUGACCAGUGACUAGAAAUCUGUAAUUUGUGACCCAUUCCACUAUUCAAAAUGGGAAACACAUUAGAACAAAACUAUGAAGUCAGCCAGAUGUGUAUUGAUCUUCAUAGGUAAGGAAAUGGCUACAAUAAAGCAGACACUCACCUGAAGUUGCACACAUCCACAGCAAAAUUUCAAACGUUUUUGAAAACGUUUGAUAUCCGUUGAUAUCCUCUGACUUCAUUUGCAUCUUCGAGCCCGGAUGAUCUUAAACAUUCACGGAUUUCGCCUGGUUUUCUCUGAAUUGUUGCCCCUUCAUUGGCCACAGCAGUCUCCAUUAGCAGGAUUAGAGCAGCCAGUCUGUGAUUUUCUUUUAUUUAUACAGUAGUACGCCUUAGCAGCAAAGCAUAGCAGGCACCAGUUCACAUGUUGCUGUUUGAAGUUGGAACACGUAUAUAUAUGUUGUUAUUGUCCAGCUGUUUGUGUUGUUGAGUUUUUUUGUAAUAAUGUAGACGUUGUUUUAAAUAAAACACUUAGUGAUUAAUAAUUUCCUCUCACCACGCUUUGAUUGAAACGUUCUGCCUGUAAAAUUGAGUGUUAGUUCUUCUGCUGUCCGAUUGUAUCUUGUGUUGAAACAAAAACUUGAUUUUCUUGUACUUACCAACGGGUGCUCACGAAAUAAAGUGUCUCUUUUUGUUGUUUUUUUAAA